UUUGUGUGGUCUGAUCAGUGUGUCAUUGUGUGUCCCCUCUCCCUCUCCCUGCUCCUGCCAGUCACCCCAGAGGCCAUCGGCUUCCUGUCGGCGGUGGGUGUCUUUAUCGUGGCAUUGGCCUUCCUCUUCCUCUUCAUCAACAAGAAGCUGUGCUUCUCGCGUGUCGGCGGGCUCCCCUGCCUGGAGCUACAUAGCCGUCGCAAGAAAGGACGAGCUGGAAUCCGCCAGGGCCUCGUGAACAGCUAUGGCGACGAUGACGAUGAUGCCUCCAGCACCUCGGACAGCGAGGACGAAGUCCUGAGGCAGUUUGAGAUGUCGGUGUCACGUUCACAGAAUUUUCGCACUGCGGCGGCUAACAUCAGUGAACAGCAGCCCCAGCAGACUCAUUUGUCAUUGGGUCGACGACACAAAUUUACACGACUGUCAGACCAGGAGGAGGGUAGCACUGAGCCGUCAGACUGUGAAGAAACGGCAGCUCAGAGCCAACAGUGUUUCCAAGAUCCCCUCUCUGCAGUGGUAGAAGAAAAAGAAAGGGCAUCCACGCUGUCUUUGGACACACCUGCUGGAGACCAUCCACUGGCCUCCAGGGACUGUCCCACCAUGAGUAUGGACCAGCACUCUACAGAGGCGGUGGAUCAUGACAAAAAUGAGGUCAUAGAAAGCUCCUCUACCUGGAUCCCAGAGCAAGAGCCGCCUCCUCACGGCGAGGUCUCGUCUCAGCCGGUCUGUUCUUCCCCUCGAACUCCCAUCUCCAAGUGUGGCGAUCUGGUCCUCUCGGUGGAGUACCGACCUGACACUGAAAAACUGCUGGUCUCUGUGAUUGCGGCUCGAGAUAUUCCCGACAAGGCUCGCAGUGGGAUGAGCGCCUGGCAAGUGCACAUGGUCCUGCUGCCAUCCAAGAAGCAGCGGCACAAGACAUCUGUGCAGAAAGGCUCAGUACCACAGUUCAACGAGACGUUUCGCUUCUCGCGCCUGGAGCCGUCUGACCUUCACAUGUCGGCCAUCAGGUUCAGGCUGUAUGCGCUGGGUAGCAGGAUAUCUCGUGAGCGAAUGAUGGGGGAGAAAGUGCUGCGUUUACGAGGACUCAACCCAAAUGGGGGGACGAUGGAAACAACACUAGUCAUGGAACCUCGAAGUAACCUGAAGAGUGUCGACUCCCAGCUCAGUCUGUCUGCUGUGAGUCAAAGCGACAGCGCCUCAUCAACUCAGUCUCUGACCCACGGUGGCGUUCCUGAACUGCUGGUGGGUCUCUCCUAUAAUGCCACAACGGGACGCAUGUCUGUGGAGCUCAUCAAGGGCAGCCACUUCAGAAACCUAGCCAUGAACAGGCCACCAGACACCUACGGGCGACUCACUCUGCUGAACUCAGUUGGUCAGGAGAUCUGUCGGACUAAGACGUCAGUACGCCGUGGUCAGCCCAACCCCGUCUACAAGGAGACAUUUAUCUUCCAGGUUGCUCUGUUCCAGCUGUCAGAUGUCACUCUGCUGAUCUCGAUCUACAACCGGCGCAGCAUGAAGCGCAAGGAGAUGGUGGGUUGGAUCGCUCUGGGCCAGAACAGCAGUGGCGAUGAAGAGCUGCUUCACUGGCAGGACAUGAGGGAAGGUCGAGGACAGCAGGUCUGCCGCUGGCACAUCCUGCUGGAGGCGUAAAAUAACUGUCGGGCAGGACUUUUACUUUUUUUUUUUCUUGUUUUUAAAGGUGGGCAGGUUUUAAUUUGUAGGAGCAUUUUGGGAAAAGAAAAGAUGAGUCCUGAUUUUAAAGAGUGGAGUAUUCUGAUUAAGGUUUCAAGCCUCAGUGAUUCACGCAAUUUUUACAUUCAUCUGAACCUUGAAAAACAUGCGACCCAGCUGGUUAGUUUGUGUCAGCACGAAGCACAGCCUGAAGGCUCUUCAGUCUUCAGGCUGUAAUGGGUUUUAAAACUUUAAAUUGAUGA